AAGUGACAAAUUGACGUCACUGGAACCGACGCAGUGCGAGCCAAGAGAGAAGACAGCAACCGGGGCAGUCGCAUCAGCAGCAUCCUAGCUACGUAAAUAGAGUAGCCCUCCGUAGCUAGCCUAAACGAGCAUUACCUCUGAGCAUCCCCACAAAACAACGCGGCAGCAAUAAAAGAUAAGAUGGCCACCUCCUCCUCCUCCAAUCUGGAAGAAGACGAGAGUCUGAAGGGCUGUGAGGUCUUUGUGCAGAAGCACAACAUCCAGCAGAUCCUCAAAGAGUGCAUUGUGAACCUCUGCAUCGCCAAGCCAGAGCGGCCUAUGAAGUUCCUGCGGGAGCACUUUGAAAAGCUGGAGAAGGAGGAGUGUAAGCAGCUGCUGGCCCGGCAGAAGUCCAGCUCCCAGUCCGACUCCCACGAUGACGAGGUCUCCCCCCCGCCCCCCCAACCCGUGGUCAAGGCCCGCCGGCGCCGAGGCGGGGUCAGCGCCGAGGUCUACACCGAGGAGGACGCUGUCAGCUACGUCCGCAAGUACAACUACUCUGAGUCUCUGAGGAUGUCCCACACACUCGCUACACACCUGCAGGAGUAUUUGAGGGCGUCCUCUCACGGAGGGGCCCAGCGAGGAGGCGAGGGGGCCAUGUGUCGUGUUGCGGGGGCCCAGGCAGAGUGGCGCUGUCGCUGGGUUUUGGACCAUGAGGGUGCAGAACACUCUGCCUGCUGA